GCUCUGUCAGUAACACAUGUGUAAGAUCCGCGGAGGGAGCGAGCGAGCCGGCUAAAGGCCAGCGCCGCCACCGCCUCCAAGCCCGGCAGCAGCAGCCCCGGCAGCGGCGCAGGCUGCAGCGUGUCGGGUCACGGCCGAUCGCAGCUCCCCAACUCCUGGGCGCGUCCGGCUCCUGGCCUCCGUGCCCCCUCUACCGAAUCUGUUGUUUCUGCGGCUGCUCCCCGACUGAAGGUGCAGGAAGCUCGGUAGAGCAGCCGCCGCUGCCAGACCGAGCAAGCGAGCGCGCGAGCGAGCGCGCGGGAGGGAGGAAGGCGGCGGAGGAGGAGGAGCGCGGACGGGGGCGGGGGCCGUCGGGCGGGGGAAUAUACAAAGUGAAGCCACAUUGCCAAACUUGCAGCAGCGAUUGCAGCAGUUGCUGCCGCUGCGCCGCGCUUGAAGCCGCGCCGCGCGGGCCGAGGGCUCUUGCAGCUGCUCGCGCGGAGGCGGAGGAGAAGGACGAGGACCGAGACUGACACUUCUGCUCCCUGCCGGCUGCCACUUACGCAGGGCCCCCAAUCCAGCCUCAGAGCAACGCAUUAAAAAAAAAAAAAAAAAAAAAAAAAAGCCCUUGGCCCCCUCCUCCCCUUUCCUGCUUCUGCGAGGCUCCCUCCCUCCCUCCAGCUCCGCCGGCCGAGGCGCCCCUUCCUUGGAAGACGAGCGGCUUCGCUCGCAUUUCGCCGCCGCAGCCUCUCGCAAUAUUGCAAUAUAGGGGAAAAGCAGACCAUGGUGAAUCCGGGCAGCAGCUCGCAACCGCCCCCGGUGACGGCUGGCUCCCUCUCCUGGAAGCGGUGCGCAGGCUGCGGGGGCAAGAUUGCGGACCGUUUUCUGCUCUAUGCCAUGGACAGCUACUGGCACAGCCGGUGCCUCAAGUGCUCCUGCUGCCAGGCACAGCUGGGCGACAUCGGCACGUCCUGUUACACCAAAAGCGGCAUGAUCCUUUGCAGAACUGACUACAUUAGGUUAUUUGGGAAUAGCGGUGCUUGCAGUGCUUGUGGACAGUCGAUUCCUGCGAGUGAACUCGUCAUGAGGGCGCAAGGCAAUGUGUAUCAUCUUAAGUGUUUUACAUGCUCUACCUGCCGGAAUCGCCUGGUCCCGGGAGAUCGGUUUCACUACAUCAAUGGCAGUUUAUUUUGUGAACAUGAUAGACCUACAGCUCUCAUCAAUGGCCAUUUGAAUUCACUUCAGAGCAAUCCACUACUGCCAGACCAGAAGGUCUGCUAAAAGGUCAGAGUACUGCAGAAUGCGUGCCUUCAUCUCAGAGUUUGUUCAUCACAGGCGGAUCCCAUGUGUCUUCAGUAGACAAGUCACCUUUGUAGCUAGCACCAGCGCCAGCUCCAUGCCAUUGCACCUUCUUUAGUCUUGAUUGCCCUUCCUGCAUUUAUUGGUGUAUUAAAAUGACUGAAUAUGAACAUUAAGGACUCCAUGAACCUGGGCUAAUGGGAGACUGUAGAGAAAAUGAAAAAAGAUCCACCGGAGGACAUCUUGGGGGGGGAGGGAGCUUGGGGGGGGGAGGGAAAUGACUAAUGAAGCUAAUUAAAAGAAGCAUUCAAAUCUGCUUUCUACCCUCAUUAACAAUUAGCAGGGCACUGGCCAGAGUUUGUACCCUGUGUUUUACCUUAACAACAUUCUAUUUGCUCUUUGUAUAUUUAAGUGUUGUAAGGAAAUGUGUUUCAAUCAAAACUGAACAUGAGAUAAAGGAAAGAGAUGUGGAUUUUGUGAUAAUCUAUCACAAAUACUUUUAUUGUAUCUCUGUAAAAUACAAUGUAUGUAUGCAUGUAAGUGUUUUUGUCCUAAUGUUGCUACUCCCAUGGCAAAGAAGUAAAAAACAAAACAAAACAAAAAAAAACACGAGAGAAAAAACAUUGGGAAAAAAAUCAGGCUCAUAGCAGCUACUGUGUAGAAAUUUCCCCCUACUUCUAAUUUGCUGAAUGAAGAAAAGAAUCUUUUAUUUGUGAUAUUUUCAGAGACAUUUGCUCUAGUAUGGUGUAUUUAAAUAAUAAAAACUUAAAAGAAAAAA